GUAGCUACAGUCUGAGGCGAUGGCGAUUCUGGAGGCCUCGCUCUGGGGCCGAUCCGGGGCUGCGGUGCCCCCGCGAUAGACCGAACCUGAGUGGCCGGCUCUGGGGCCCCGAGGUGAAGAGCGUGAGGGACUGAACGGGGACUUUAGAAGGGAACGUCGGAACCCUGGUGGUCCCUGUAGGACCGAAUCUCCCUGAAGCUGGGUUCCAAUGGGCUUUGCCUGGGCUGCCCCCCAAAGCAGGGAUGGAGGGUUCUAAGGCGUCCAGCAGCACCAUGCAGGUGAGCUUCGUGUGCCAGCGCUGCAGCCAGCCCCUCAAACUGGACACGAGCUUCAAGAUCCUGGACCGGGUCACCAUUCAGGAGCUCACAGCUCCGUUACUUGCCACAGCCCAAGUCAAGCCAGGAGAGACCCAGGAGGAAGAGGCGAACUCAGGAGAGGAACCCUUUAUUGAAACCCGUCAGGAUGGUGUCUCUCGCAGAUUCAUCCCCCCAGCCAGGAUGAUGUCCACAGAAAGUGCUAACAGCUUCACUCUGAUCGGGGAGGCUUCUGAUGGUGGCACCAUGGAGAACCUCAGCCGAAGACUGAAGGUCACUGGGGACCUUUUUGACAUCAUGUCAGGCCAGACAGAUGUGGACCACCCGCUGUGUGAGGAGUGCACAGACACUCUGUUAGACCAGCUGGACACUCAGCUCAAUGUCACCGAAAAUGAGUGUCAGAACUACAAGCGCUGUCUGGAGAUCUUGGAGCAAAUGAAUGAGGAUGACAGUGAACAGCAGCUCCAGAAGGAGCUAAGGGAGCUGGCCUUGGAGGAAGAACGGCUGAUCCAGGAGCUGGAAGAUGUGGAAAAGAACCGCAAAAUUGUGGCAGAGAAUCUGGAGAAGGUCCAGGCUGAGGCCGAGAGACUGGAUCAGGAGGAAGCUCAGUAUCAGAAAGAAUACAGUGAAUUUAAGCGACAGCAGCUGGAGCUGGACGAUGAGCUGAAAAGUGUAGAAAACCAGAUGCGGUACGCGCAGCUGCAGCUGGACAAGCUGAAGAAGACCAACGUCUUCAACGCGACCUUCCACAUCUGGCACAGUGGACAAUUUGGCACAAUCAAUAACUUCCGACUGGGUCGCCUGCCCAGUGUUCCUGUGGAAUGGAACGAGAUUAAUGCUGCUUGGGGCCAGACAGUGUUGCUGCUUCAUGCCCUGGCCAAUAAGAUGGGUCUGAAAUUUCAGAGGUAUCGGCUGGUCCCCUAUGGAAAUCACUCGUACCUGGAGUCUCUGACAGACAAAUCUAAGGAGCUUCCAUUGUACUGUUCUGGGGGGCUGCGGUUUUUCUGGGACAACAAGUUUGACCACGCAAUGGUGGCUUUCCUGGACUGUGUGCAGCAGUUUAAAGAAGAGGUUGAAAAGGGCGAGACACGUUUUUGUCUUCCUUACAGGAUGGACGUGGAGAAAGGCAAGAUUGAAGACACAGGAGGCAGCGGCGGCUCCUAUUCCAUCAAAACCCAGUUCAAUUCUGAGGAACAGUGGACAAAGGCUCUCAAGUUCAUGCUGACCAACCUCAAGUGGGGCCUUGCGUGGGUGUCCUCACAGUUUUAUAACAAAUGACUUUCCUGAAGGGAUGUUUGUUUGCCUUAAAGGCUUCACAUUUUGUUGUGUUUGCAGAAAGUUUAAAUUUGGGUAAUAUUAAACAGCAUAUGUUUACAAUACCAAAAAAAGACAAAAUCCACAAAAGCCACUUUAUUUUAAAGUAUCAUAUGACAGCGUCUCCACAGCUGCCACAUGCCAUGGACAGUCACCAACCCGGGUCACAGUUUUGACUCUUACCCCAUGCCUGCCGUCCUCCCUCCUCUGAAAACAACUAAUUUAACUUUGCUUUUUUUUUUUUUUUAUUGAGUUAAAUUGAAGUUGAUAUGUUCUCACUGGAUUUUAGCUCUCGACUUCCUGCACUUCAAAUAUGAAAUAGAAACUUUUGUCGCUACCGAGACGAGAUGUUUGGGACACACAGUUGUGAGAAAAUGACAUCUAAGCUUUGUCUGGUCACCAUGUGAUGUGCUCAGAAACUUGAAAUCAAACACUUCUCACUGAAUGUCUGCUCUGUGUUAGAGAUAAUGAGGUGGUGUUUGAUACUGUUUGAGACAUUAUUGAGAGAUUUAUUUGUAAUAAAAGAUUUGCUACAGUCUGA